AAAAGCACAUGGCGCUAUUUGAUUAUUUGUGUUUUGAAAGAUGUUUGACAAAUUAACAAUUUAAAAUUAAAUUGCAGAUGCGGAUUCUAUUUUGUGCUGAAAAAGAAGGAAAUUAAUUAGGUUCACGUUUGAAAAUCUUUGCUAGAGAAGAACUUGUUUAUUUUGUGAUGGAGCUUGAAAAUGUAUGUUCAGACCUUAAAGAUCUUCAUGUUGACAAAUCUGUUGAUGCUUUGCAAAAAGGAGAGUCUUCACAGCAAACAGAUAAUAAUUGGUUUCUCCCUCAAGAAGAUUUCUUCAUGAGUGUAUGCAAUCUCACUGCAGCAAGAAGUAAAGAUCCUGUUACAAAGGUUGGUGCCUGCAUCAUUGACAAAGACAAUAAAAUUGUCAGUGUUGGUUACAAUGGAAUGCCUUUGGGAAUCUCUGACUGUGAUUUGCCAUGGACAAAAAAUAAUCAAACUAUGUACAUGAACAAAUAUCCAUAUGUUUGCCAUGCAGAAAUGAAUGCAAUAAUGAAUGGAAAAAGGAAUGAUUUUAAAAAUUGCACUAUAUUUGUCAACAAAUUUCCCUGCUCUGAUUGUGCAAAAAUGAUAAUUCAAGCAGGCGUGAAGCAUGUUGUAUACUCCCAGAAAAAACCAGAACCGCCUGAAGUUUUCAUUCCAGCAUCAAAAAUGUUCUCGCUAGCUAAAGUUACUUUUCGAGAGUUUGUUCCAACUGUAAGAGAAAUAGAAAUCACAAUGGGUGGCCAUGAUGCUGGCAUUACAUGCAUUAAUAUAGAUAAAUAAACCCAGCAAGUUUUUACACCAUCAUUGUAAUAUUUUAUCAUUU